AUGGCUCAUGCGACAAAGCUGGUUACGUGCAGUGCUGUUGUCAUCCUCUGGGCCUUUCACUGGUCAAAAAAUGUCGCUCAGCUGCCGAUGUUGGGGCUCCCACCCAAAGCCAUGAUUGACGCCUCGAUCCACAACAUCAUCUCCUUUGACGAAAAGAAUCGCCCCGUCGUCAACGGGAAACGGAUCGUCCCGUGCUCCGUGUCUUUGAAGACAGUUCUGGGAACCCGCAAUCGAAAGUUGAUCAAUUUUCUCCGCGGGUGCCUUCAGUGGGAUCCCCAACGUCGCCUCACACCCACGGAGGCCCUCAACCACCCAUUUUUGCGGGGCGGCAGGGCCAAGCCACCGCAAGCGAACUUCCCGCCUUGCCCAGCCACGGACACGGAGCCGGUGGCGGCUUGCAGCCUCUCGGCAGACCCCCGUCUCAGCCAGGGAGAUUGCCAAGUCCCUGCUGCAAGGAGAUUGCCAAGUCACUACUGCAAGCGAGCAGACUCCGGAGGCCACUUGGACAAAUCAGAAUACUGCAGGCUCAGUUGCUGGGAGCGAGUGGGCUUCAAACUCGGAGUGGGGAGUGGAGUCGGUGGGUGA